AUGACCUCCUGGUUGGUGUGUGGUUGGUGGUGUAUGGUUGGUGUGUGGUUGGUGGUGUGUGGUUGGUGGUGUGUAGUUGUGUGUGGUUGGUGUGUGGUUGGUGGUGUGUGGUUGGUAGUGUGUGGUUGGUGUGUGGUUGGUGUGUGGUUGGUGGUGUGUGGUGGUGUGUGGUUGGUAGUGUGUGGUUGGUGUGUGGUUGGUGUGUGGUUGGUGGUGUGUGGUUGGUGUGUGGUUGGUAGUGUGUGGUUGGUAGUGUGUGGUUGGUGGUGUGUGGUGGUGUGUGGUUGGUGGUGGUUGGUGUGUGGUUGGUGUGUGGUUGGUGGUGUGUGGUUGGUGUGUGGUUGGUGGUGUGUGGUUGGUAGUGUGUGGUUGGUAGUGUGUGGUUUGUGUGUGGUUGGUGUGUGGUUGGUGUGUGUGGUUGGUGUGUGGUUGGUGUGUGGUUGGUGUGUGUGUGGUUGGUGUGUGGUUGGUGGUGUGUGGUUGGUAGUGUGUGGUUGGUGUGUGGUUGGUAGUGUGUGGUUGUGUGUGUGGUUGGUGUGUGGUUGGUGGUGUGUGGUUGGUAGUGUGUGGUUGGUGUGUGGUUGGUGUGUGGUUGGUGUGUGUGGUUGGUGUGUGGUUGGUGUGUGGUGGUGGUGUGUGGUGUGGUGUGUGGUUGGUGUGUGGUGGUGGUGUGGUUGGUGGUGUGUGGUUGGUGUGUGGUUGGUAGUGUGUGGUUUGUGUGUGGUUGGUGUGUGGUUGGUGUGUGUGGUUGGUGUGUGGUUGGUAGUGUGUGGUUUGUGUGUGGUUGGUGUGUGGUUGGUGUGUGGUUGGUGGUGGUUGGUGGUGUGUGGUUGGUGGUGUGUGGUUGGUGGUGGUUGGUGUGUGGUUGGUAGUGUGUGGUUUGUGUGUGGUUGGUGUGUGGUUGGUGGUGUGUGUGUGUGGUUGUGUGUGUGGUUGGUAGUGUGUGGUUGGUGUGUGGUUGGUAGUGUGUGGUUUGUGUGUGGUUGGUGUGUGGUUGGUAGUGUGUGGUUGUGUGUGGUUGGUAGUGUGUGGUUUUGUGUGUGGUUGGUGUGUGGUUGGUGUGUGGUUGGUGGUGUGUGGUUGGUGAGUGGUUGGUGUGUGGUUGGUGUGUGUGGUUGGUGGUGUGUGGUUGGUGUGUGGUUGGUGUGUGGUUGGUGUGUGUGGUUGGUGGUGUGUGGUUGGUGUGUGGUUGGUGUGUGGUUGGUGGUGUGUGGUUGGUGGUGUGUGGUUGGUGUUGCGUGGUUGGUGUGUGGUUGGUGUGUGGUUGGUGUGUGGUUGGUGUGUGGUUGGUGUGUGUGGUUGGUGGUGAGUGGUUGGUGUGUGGUUGGUGUGUGGUUGGUGGUGAGUGGUUGGUGUGUGGUUGGUAGUGUGUGGUUGGUGUGUGUGGUGGUGUGUGUGGUUGGUGGUGGUUGGUGGUGUGUGGUUGGUGGUGUGUGGUUGGUGGUGGUUGGUGGUGUGUGGUUGGUGUGUGUGGUUGGUGUGUGUGUGGUUGGUGUGUGGUUGUGUGUGGUUGGUGGUGGUUGGUGGUGUGUGGUUGGUGGUGUGUGGUUGGUAGUGUGUGGUUGGUGUGUGGUUGGUGUGUGGUUGGUAGUGUGUGGUUGGUGUGUGGUUGGUAGUGUGUGGUUGGUGGUGGUUGGUGGUGUGUGGUUGGUGGUGUGUGGUUGGUGUGUGUGGUUGGUGGUGGUUGGUGGUGAGUGGUUGGUGUGUGGUUGGUGUGUGGUUGGUAGUGUGUGGUUGGUAGUGUGUGGUUGGUGGUGGUUGGUGGUGUGUGGUUGGUGGUGGUUGGUGGUGUGUGGUUGUGUGUGGUUGGUGGUGGUUGGUGGUGUGUGGUUGGUGGUGGUUGGUAGUGUGUGGUUUGUGUGUGGUUGGUGUGUGGUUGGUGGUGUGUGGUUGUGUGUGGUUGGUAGUGUGUGGUUGGUAGUGUGUGGUUGGUGUGUGGUUGGUAGUGUGGUUGGUGUGUGGUUGGUAGUGUGUGGUUUGUGUGUGGUUGGUGUGUGGUUGUGUGUGGUUGGUAGUGUGUGGUUGGUAGUGUGUGGUUUGUGUGUGGUUGGUGUGUGGUUGGUGGUGUGUGGUUGGUGGUGUGUGGUUGGUGUGUGGUUGGUGUGUGGUUGGUGUGUGUGGUUGGUGGUGUGUGGUUGGUGUGUGGUUGGUGGUACCCGUUGGGCCGUGGGUCCAGCUCAGCAUCAGGUCGAUGGCGUAGAUGGCCCGGGACGAGGGGCCCAAGAUGGACUCUCUCAGACUCUCCCCCCUCCUCACCCACACUCCCCCCUCCUCACCCACACUCCCCUCCUCACCCACACUCCCCUCCUCACCCACACUCCCCCCUCCUCACCCACACUCCUCACCCACACUCCUCACCCACACUCCUCACCCACACUCCUCACCCACACUCCUCACCCACACUCCCCUCUGAAACGCCACACUGAACAAGGCGGGUUACCUCCUCCCUCCUACACCUCCUCCUCCACCUCCUCCUCCUACACCUCCUCCCUCCUACACCUCCUCCUCCUACACCUCCUCCCUCCUACACCUCCUCCCUCCUACACCUCCUCCUCCUACACCUCCUCCUACACCUCCUCCCUCCUACACCUCCUCGUUCUACACCUCCUCCUCCUACACCUCCUCCCUCCUACACCUCCCUCCUACACCUCCUCGUUCUACACCUCCUCCUCCUACACCUCCUCCUCCUACACCUCCUCCCUCCUACACCUCGUUCUACACCUCCUCCCUCCUACACCUCCUCCCUCCUACACCUCCUCCCUCCUACACCUCCUCCUCCUACACCUCCUCCCUCCUACACCUCCUCCCUCCUACACCUCCUCCCUCCUCAGGCUCAGUCUGGUUCCACUGUUGCUGCAGUGGAAUGUUGUCGGCGUCUGGGUCGUGGUGAACUGA